UACGCGACCCGGUGAUAAACAGCGAGAAAAGUCAGCUGACAUGGGGGUGUAGUUGAGUAUAAGUUGCAAGUUGGGUUGUGCUGUCGUUCCUGCGCCCAAUGAGUCACAUGACAGUAUGUGUGUUCGUGAAGAGGGCUCAGGUCACAGUUCUGUAAGUCCAGGAAGAAUUAGCAUCGUAAAUCCCCUGAAGGCAUCAUGGCAGCCACGUCGCCCUCAGCCUCAGCAGGAGCUUCCAUGCGAGUGUUGGCUCUACACUUGUGUUUCUUAUUAAUUGGAACAGCUGCCGAAACACCUGUCAUUGAAUUCGUUCAGGCGGAUGUCUAUGAUGGGAAUUUCACAUCUGUCUGCAAGUUUACUUCGCAAGACGUUCUCCUCUUGGACCAUGAGAGCACCAAUAUAACUCUCCUGGUAACAGGGGAAGCAGAGGAAAACACGACAUUAAUGUUCGCGCAGGAGAAAGAUGUGAUAAAGCCUUUGCCCAACAUUACCCUUCCAGUUGGAGCCUUGAACGAGACAUUUAUUCUCUACCUAAUGGCAGAAAAUGCAGGUCACAGUGUUAUAGUCACAAAAGCUCUGCCUGGCAACAUGACUGAUGUGUCUAAGGCCUUCAUGCGAGUAUCAGUGUCCCACUCAGAUGCCCUUGAUUAUGCAAGUGAUGUGGUCGGUUGGAUCUACUUUGUGGCAUGGUCAGUGUCUUUCUAUCCACAAACAUAUUCUAAUUGGAGGAGAAAAAGUGUUAUUGGUUUGCAUUUUGACUUUCUGUCUUUAAAUAUUGUGGGGUUCUUUGUGUACAGUCUCUUCAAUGUUUGUCUGUACUGGAUACCCUCCAUAGAAGCAGACUAUUUCAAGAGACAUCCUUAUGGUGUGAACCCUGUGCAGCUGAAUGAUGUCAUCUUCUCACUUCACGCUUUUCUCGCAUGUGGGAUUCAAGUCUUCCAGUGUUUUAUUUAUGACCGUGGAGACCAGCAAAUUUCCUUGACAGCCAGAUACAUCCUGAUAGGAAUCUCUCUCUCUUCACUAGUCAUGACUAUUCUGGGAGCUGCAUCAGCUAUCCAGUGGCUUGACUUUCUCUAUUUCAUGUCAUAUGUCAAGCUCUUCAUCACCCUUAUCAAGUACAUUCCACAGGCCUACUACAACUACCGCAGGAAAAGUACUUCAGGCUGGAGCAUCGGCAAUAUCUUACUAGACUUCACUGGUGGAUCACUCUCCAUAGCCCAGAUGUUCAUCCUGUCUUACAAUUAUAAUGACUGGGGAUCUAUAUUUGGGGAUCCAACCAAGUUUGGACUUGGACUCUUUUCAAUCAUCUUUGAUAUAUUCUUCAUGGUUCAGCAUUACAUUCUAUACCGAGGAAAUGAGGAUUACCUGCGGGUGCUAGAGCCUGAGUCCCAGGGUCAGAGGAAUUCACUCACAGCUUCCGUAUCUUCGGCUGAUUAUGGUUCUACUGGAAAUCACUAGUAAGCUUUAAGGGAAAGGGGUGCCGUAAGUUGUUCAAGAAAUAGACUGUAUAUUUCUUACUUGAAAACAAGAUAGAAAAGAAACAAAAUUUGUUGUGGUUAUGUUAAUUAUUGGCAUCAUUUUAGUUUCAAAGAGAACUGUUUUGUGUUAGAUUUCAUAAUUAUGCUACACCUUAUUAUAACAUUUGAAACAGGCAUU